AAGAUGAUGCCAUGAUGCUAUGCCUGGACCCUUGGAGUAUGCCUAUGGUGGUGUCAUCUUCCUAUGCGUCGAGCGUUGCAGCGGCCGAGGCUGCCCUGGCUGUGUGUGAUGUGUCCCCUAACCAUGGCAACAUCAGCAUCACCCAAGAGCAAGCAGAACAAACGAGUAAUCCUGACCAUGUGAGAAAUUCUCUACUGAUGAAUUCAGGGUUCAAAUUUUACCUAGUGCAGUUACUGUUCCAAUAUGAUUACGGACAUGAAGCUUGGCCUGCUUGCCAUGUUCUUGACACUGGCUGCAUGAUGUUUGUUACUCAUAAGGGGAAUGACUUUGAACAAGAAUGCAAGACACUUGCUAGAUGCUUCCCCACUAUUCCAGAUGUUUCCUGGGUGGAUAGACUUUCAUUCCCAUUACUUAAGUCUGUUGUCAAGUUAGAAAAUCUCAUUGAGCAGUUGCAGAAGUAUUUCAUUUUCCAGGAAGUGGAAUUGUCACUAGGAGGGAGCUGAGCUGGAAUUAUCAUUGUUGUUCUGAGCCUAUACAGUGGGAGAUUGCAUGGUUUUAUCCCUUGGAGUAUUUUGCUAGUGACAGAG